CUCAUUUGGCCGGAAAAGUGGUUUGACCGUUUGUUUGGACGAUCAACACCGUUGAAAGUUAGUAAACUGUCCUGGUCACCGCCAUAUCAGCACCAAAGAAAUAAAAAAAAUUCAAAAUUCAAUUUUCUUUUAUUAUUUCUAUUACCUAAUUAAAAAAACGAAGAAAAAAAACAAAACAAUUAUUUUCGGCCACCCACCACAUUAUCCCCUCGCCUCUUUCCUUCUUCGAGCAAAACCAAAAAAAUUGCUAACCCUAACCAUUCUUCUUCUCUUUUCUUCCCCGACGAGCGGCAUCCUCCACGAUGUUGUACUGCGGAGCCGUGGGAUUUCUUCUUGGUGGAGAACCAGGCUCCCGAAAGCCGUCAAGCUCCGAUGUUCCCUCUGCAAUGCUCUUUUCUCCACCUGCAAUCCUUCCCGCACCGCCUCCGAGCAUCUCAAGCGCGACACUUGCCCCAAUCGGCUUCUCCUGGUCCAGCUCUGAGCAAAAUCCAAAUCGAAGAUAACGUGAAGAAGCUGAAGAGCCCCAAGACUUCUCCUGGUCCAGCUCUGAGCAAAACCCAAAUCGACUCCGCCGUUGAACAUUUAGCCGAUUGGGUCUACGAAUCGUGUGGGAUCGUUUCAUUCUCUAGCCUCGAGCAUCCAAAGUUUCGAGCUUUCCUCAACCAGGUCGGCCUCCCGCCGUGCCGUGUUUCUCACAUACUGUCCGAUGUCAAACAACGCAGAGGAUAUUUGUGGGAGACGGUUAGAAUCUGGGGGGAGUAAGGAAUCAAAAUGAUUUUGGGGGAGGUGAUGAAAUGGAAAAUGGCGAAGAGGAUCUGUAGAGGUGGAGGCCUGGAGGGAUAAUGAGUUGUGGAGGAAGAAAGAAGAACAGAGGAGGGAAUUGAGAGAUGAGUGGGGCGGAUGAGAGAUGGGGAUUUCUUUUUAUUAGUGGCAGUUUUAUUUCAUUAUUAUUAUUAUUAAUGGUAGUUGAUAGUUUGAGUUUUAUUAAUUUAUUUAAUAUUUUAUUAAUUUUUAAUGUCAACAUGGCAUCCACGUGAGCAAAACAUGUUGAUUCACUAACGUCAACACUAUUGAUCGUUUCAUUUGACGGAAAUUCACGAGUCGUGCCAAUUGAGUAUAUAUGUUGCAUAGUUGAGGCCAGGAUGUUAAUUUCUGAAACCACAGGCUAAAAUUGAUUACAUGGUCAUAGUUCGGGCCAUAAUAAGGUAUUAACCCUUCCUAUAAUGUCAUACAUAGUUUAUAACGUCAUACAUAGUUCAAUACAUGAUACACUUCCUAAAUGUACGGGAGAGAGUAACAGUCUUCGCUCUCUGGAAAAGACCACGAAACUGGAGCACAGAACUCGCAUAUUAAUGUGACAACUCCUACGUCGCUUGCAUAAUCGAUAACAGUUGUUCUAUAAUGCUUUUGCGCGGCUACCUACUGAUGUCCAAAUUGUCAGGCCAAUUGGAGACCUUCAAUGGUCCCUUGGAGUUUCGCGUGAGUGAUGGAACAGCUUCUCAGAUUAGCGGUGAAAACUUCCAAUAAGUGUAGCCUUGUCAAUCUCGCAUCGUUCCUCCAACUGCUCCCUUUUAGGUUGGUGGUAGGAACGAACCAUCUGAAUUGAAUGUAGCGGAACCAUGUAGUGUCAGUCUCCACCCCAUGUCCAUGUCUCGACUCGGCACCACGAACCCAAAUCUAGUUGUCGAGUAACGGUAACAGUGUCAGUUGAGAUUUUACUCCGGACUAUAUGAUCCUUUGACUUGUCUAAUUGGGAGUCUCUCCACCCCCUCCCCCCUUUCAGAAGAUGUCAUCAUUUCGAACUCUCUAGAAUGACCAGUAGGCUACCCUAAAGCUGACAUACAUGGAUGGUUCAUAAAAUAUGAUGAGUGAACCGAACGGAAAAGGGUACUCGAAAAAACGUGCUCCCAAUUUCGACCCAAACUUCCAAACCAACCAGAACCCCAAGCUCUCAACCCACUCCUAGCUAGCCCAACUCUAAUGCUCUUAAGCCCAAGCCCCAACCAAGGCCCAACUCACUCCCAGCCAACCAAGUUCCAUGCCCACCCCUAAUAAUUGAAACAAAAAUCAUAUCUACUAUUUUUAAUUCAGACUUUUGCAAAAUUUUGCGAAAAACUUCAUUGUUUGCUUCGUCAUAGUUUUGUUCUUUAGAUUCCAAAAAUGUGUUGGUUGUAUUUAAGUAAAUUACUCAAAUGUCAAAUGUUUCCAUCCAAGCAAAUAGUAACUAUGAAUACGAAGUCUUGUUUUUUCUUAAUUGUUACAUUAUCAAAAAUUAAGAGUUGGCUUCUUCAAAUAAAUAAAAAAAUUUAAGAGUUGGCAGCAAAAUUCUCAAUGUUAAGCAUAUUGCCGCCUAGGGCCCAUGCACCCACUACAGUCAAAUCGCUAAAUUUAGAAACACACUCCAAUCGUUUUUUUCUUCUUGCAAAACAUUCCACAGAAUCCAAUAAUGAUAUAAUAACAUAGUCAAAUGGUAGCAUACAUCAUACGUAUAAUAUACACCUUCGUUCAUUAAUGUACUUCGAUAUAAUUCGAAGAAUUAGAACCGUCGUUCAUCUUUUUUUUUUUUUACUUUAUUAAACUGAAAUAUUGUACGAGUAUAGAUAAUUGGGUACCGGUUUCACCUAUUAAAAGUUAAUAGGCAUAUUAAUUCAUGAUCUCGAUAACAAAACUCAAUAAACAUAUUAUACGACCAAUCCAAUCAUAUACACUAUUAACCAUAUUUAUGUCAUGUCAUCCAAGAAACCAUCCAACUUCGA